CUAUCUUUCAAUUUUACUGGCUCACUAAACAAGCUUUUAGUUCUUUUGCUACGAGUAAAAGUUCGUAUAGUUAUUCAUCUCAUUUUGUUUCCUAUAGGAAUAAUAAUCCCUUUCUCCAUAUUUCUAUGACAUCGUUACUAUAUGAUAGCUGUUAUUUUUUUAACUAUAAUGAAUAUGACAACCUGUAGUACCUCUAUUGCAAAGAUUUCAAUGUGUACAUUGUAUGCUAAAAAUGGAAUUUAUGACAUAGCUUUUGUACUUUUAUUAUCCAUUAUAUCAUAGCUUGCAAGUAUCCUAUAAAGUACCUAAAUGUAGAUGUUACAUAUAGUACCUUUUCUAACUUCUUUCUUUUUCGUCACAACAUUUUUCUUUGUCUUCUUGAAAAUGCAGAAUAGUAACAAAAUUCUUGAAUUGCCAUGGAAAAUACUAGGAGUAGAAGCUGGAUCAAUUGCGAUAGACUUAGUAAAGAAUAUUUGUAUGCAGUUUGAGUCAUCAAUGCAAAGUGAUGCCACUGACUUAAUAAUAUUAGAAAAUGUUUGUGAUACAGAAUAUGAGUGUAACGAUUGGGUAAGAAGCGAUGUUGAUGGGAUAGAAAUUGAUGUGCCACAUUCUCAAACUCCUCCAAAUAAAGGUGAAGCAGAUGUUGAUGGAGGAAAUGACAUUGAAGAUGAAAGUGAUAAUGAAUAAAAUGGGUGCUCGUUAUAAAAUAUUUAAUUCUUUUUAGUUUUAUUGAAUUACUUAUAGGGAUGUGGUAUUUAUUUGAUUUUGAACAGUGAAUAAGAUAUAAUUUUUAUUGUUAAUUAAAGUCACAUAUUAGAGAACAUGCAUAUUAGUCAACUACGAAUUAUCAUAUAUGUAUUAGUGGUUUAUCCAAUAUUUGAGUGAAUUCUCUAUGCGUGCUUUUACUUAUAUUUUGUUGAUGUUGCCUUUGGAUUUUGAGAUACUGAUAUGAUCUUAUCAUCGGAUAGUAAUUUUGUUUUCUGGUGCGUAAAUAUCUCAUAACUUGUGAAGUAUCUUUGUAGCAAGGCUUUAAGUAAUUAGUUCAAUUUUGAGGUGGACCAAUGCGAACUAGAGCUGGAAGCAGAUUUGAAACUGAACAACAUGAUGAUGAAGUUGUACGACCUUAUAUGGAGCAAUUGAUGAAUGGUCAAGACUACUCUCAAGCUGAAACACAUGAUGGUCAAUCUAAUGAAUUGAGAAUAACUGACACUGAGGAGCAACAAAAUGAUGAAUCAGAUACUUCGGAAAAAAAGAAGGUUCGUGGGCCCACAUUACUAAAAGAAAUUUGGAAGUUGCCUCCAGGGAAGACAAUCGCUGUGCAGUUCAAUAGUCGUAACCAAGCCAUUAAGAAAGAUGGUCGCAAGCUUGCAAGCUUUCUAGGAUUUGUUGCUAGAACUCCAGAACUAACGCCGUUACAUAUACAUGAUUGGAGAAGCUUUGACAAAGACGAAAAGAAGAAAUUGGUAGAGUUUGUGAGAAAGAAGUUUUCUAUCCCAACGCGUGGAGAAGAGUUUGUCAUAAAGUCAAUAGGAAAGAAAUGGAAAGAUUACAAAUGUGAUUUAAAAAGUGUUUAUCUGACAAAAUUUAAGACCAAAGAUGUGUUGUUGAAGAAUAAACCGAAUCGUAUACCAAGGGAUCAGUGGACUGGUCUAGUUUCCUAUUGGGUUUCAGAAAAAGCUAAGAGGCGCAGCCAAACAAACAGAAACAAUAGGGCGAAGCAAAAGAUGCCACACACAGGAGGAUCAAAAAGUAUUGCCACCUUGAUGGAUGAGAAGGCUGAAAAUGGGGUUGAGCCUACACGAGCACAGGUUUUUAUAUUAACUCAUAGACCACGUAAGGAUGGUAGACCACUGGAUGAGGAGUCUUCAAAGACAAUUGACAUGAUCAAUGAAAAGUUGAGUAAUAGUGAGGGAUCGAAUGAGCAACCUCCUUGCUCUGUUGCUUGGGAAGGGGAUGUGUAUUCCCAAGUGUUGGGAAAUGAAAAAACUGGUUAUGUUCGUGGUUUAGGACUAGGUCCAACUCCUUCUGUACUAUGGUGUAGUAGAUCUUUUGGAAAUAAUGUUGAAGAGGACUCAUCCAAUGAGAUUGUAAAAAGGUUAGAACAAGAGGUAACAAAGUUAAAGGACAUAAACGGAAAACAAAAUGAAGAACUGAGUUUGGUGAAACAAAAUCAAGAGAAGUUGCUAUCUGAAUUAGCAUGGGUGAGAAAAGCCAUGAGUAGAAAUGCUCCUAAUGAGUUAUCUAUACAUCAGAAUAUCAAUGAAAUUUCUGAUGACCAGGUUCCCGAUGCCAACAGUGGCCAUGAACGGGGACAACAAUCACCACAUAUGUUGUUUAAAGGACAGAGUGUUGCUGAAAAUAUUCCAUCUUCUCACGGUCAUACAACAUGAUGUUCGAAUACCAUGUGGAAGAUUUCAAUAUUAUGAAGAGUUGCUGGAAUUGUUGGAGGGCUAUGCAUUUAGAAACUUGUUGUUGCUAGUAUUUGACAGGAAUUGUUACAAUGACCUUAGUUAUUUAGUUUAAACACAUUAUAUUAUCUUUUAGUUUGCUAGUUACAUUAGUGUUAUGACAUAGUACUUGCUUUUGUUUAUCUUGAGUUAAUGAAGUGUAUUGCACUUUAAUGAAUUAUAAUAGUGUGUUUUAUGAGCAUUUACCAUUAUAA